AUGCUGACACCAGGAAGCCUUGCCAGCCUCGGGGCCGUACUUGGCGUGAGCUCUCAUUUGGGCUACUUCAUACAUGGCGAGCAUCACAGGCAAGCCGUCCGUCUCUUCACAGUCCUCACUACUUCACCGGUCGCUAUUUUCAUACUCAUCAGCAAGCUCGACGAACCUGCAUCUAUCACAUUCGCCGCACAGAAAACCGCAAUUGCAAUGCUUUCAUACCUGGCUUCUUUGAUCGCAAGCAUCUUGACCUAUCGGAUCUUCUUCCACCCACUCCGACACUUCCCUGGACCAUUUACCGCAAAACUUACCAAGCUCAGCCAUGUACUACGCCUUCUUGAAAAAUCGGAUAAUUAUAUUCAAGCAGAUCAGCUACAUAAAGAGUAUGGAGAUGUUGUGAGAAUUGGACCCAACGAGCUGUCGAUUAAGAUUCCCGAGAUCGUGCCUCUCAUCUAUGGACCUGGUUCAAAAUGUUCCAAGAUAGCAUGGUAUGAUGUCGUCGGCCUUCCGAAUAAAUCGUUGCAGCUAGAGCGUGACCGUCUUACUCACGAUAAACGAAGAAAAGUUUGGGAUCGAGCAUUCACACUUCGUGACUACGAGAGCCGCGUAGUCGGACACGCCAGUACGCUUAUAAACCAGCUGCAGGCUCGCUCCGGCCAUGAAGUUGAUGCUUCCCUUUGGUUCAACUUCUAUUCUUUCGAUGUCAUGGGUGACCUUGCAUUUGGGCGUAGUUUUGAUAUGCUCAUAUCCGGCAAGAAGCAUUACGGUCUCGAGGCAUUGCAAGAAGGAAUGGCACCCCUUGGUAUCAUCAACCCCCUUCCAUGGGCCAUUCCGAUUUUCCAAGCCCUACCACAACCUGCUGGCAUUGAUCAGUGGGUUGAGUUCUCGAACAAGCAAAUUCUGGCUCGAAAAAAGUAUACCCCAGAAAACCCCGACAUAAUGAGUUGGUUAAUUGAAGCUGAGAAUGGACACACGGAUCCCGUCGCCAGCGAUCCACGGUGGCUCUGGGGCGACACUCGCCUCGUGAUCGUAGUCGGGAGCGACACUACCUCAUCGGCACUAACCCAUAUCUUCUACCACUUAGCUAAAGAACCUCAUAUUGUUUCUAAGCUCUGGGCAGAGCUGGAACUAAUAUAUACCCCUGAUGCGAGGUAUCUGAAUGGUGUUAUAAAUGAAGCGCUGCGCUUGCACCCUCUUGUUCUGAGUGGGUUGUUGCGACAGACGCCGCCGGAGGGGACUAUGGUCGGAAAUACGUUCAUACUGGGAGGUAUACGCAUAACGGUGUUAGCUCCUACUUGGAGUAUGGGGAGAUUGGAGUCAUGCUAUGAGAGUGCUGAGGAAUUCUUGCCUGAGAGGUGGGGUGAAAGACCGGAGCUAGUACUUAACAAGGCAGUUUUCAUGCCUUUCUCAUUAGGAACGUACUCGUGUAUUGGAAAGCAGCUAGCAUUGAUGGAGCUUCGCGUAGUCACAGCUCGGAUUGUGACCCAGUUAGAUAUUGCAUUUGCUCCCGGCAAAGAUGAUACUGAUUUAUUGGAGAAGACGAAGGAUGUCUUUACUUUAGAGGUUGCUCCACUCGGAAUGGUGUUUUCGCCGCGAAGAAAAUGA